CACCUUCCUUUUCCCACCCAUGCACACCCGACGCCGCACGAGAUAUUCCAUCUCCCAUUAGGGGCGACCCAGCAGGACAUCAAGGCCAGAUACUACGACCUCGUCCGCGCACACCACCCCGACUCGCCGCUCUGCCGCGACGUCCCCGCCCCCGAGCGCCACGCCCGCUUCCAGCGCAUCACCGCCGCGUACGACGUCCUCCGUGGCCGC